GAAUAUUAAAACAUGUCCGGAGGCGUCCUUUCGAUGAGACCUCAGCAGAAAGUCUUGCUUGAAGGUCUUGAAAGUCUGUACAGUGAGAACUGUCUCUGUGAUGUGUCUCUGCAAGCUGAAAGUACGAGAGUCGAUGUUCAUAAAUGUAUACUUGCGGCCAGCAGCCCUUACUUCAGGGCAAUGUUCACUUUUGACACGAGAGAGAGCCCACAACAUGUGGUGAAACUGCACAAUGUCUCAGGCUUUGUGCUGGAAGAUUUGGUCAAGUUUUUCUACACUGGGGACAUUGUUCUCACGGACAGUAAUGUGCAGGCUUUGGUCACAGCUGCUGAAAUGAUGCAGAUCACAGCUUUGCGUGACCAGUGCGAAUUGUUCAUGUCCUCUGCUCUGUGCACCGAGAACUGCGUUGAAGUUUACAACUUUGCAGACUUCCAGAACCUUGAGAGGCUGAAAUGUUCAGCUGAGGCCUAUCUUCUGGAAAACUUUCAGGAACUAUAUGACAAAGAAGCUUUUCUGAAAAUGCGACUCCAAAACUUGUCAAAAAUUAUAAGCUCUGAUGACCUGAAUGUUUCUCAGGAGGAAGUUGUGUUAGAAUCAGUCCUCAGGUGGAUGAAAUAUGACCUGGAUCAACGAAAGAAAGACUUGAUUCUCCUACUUUUAAGCAUACGGUUUCCUUUAAUGAGCUUUGAUUAUAUUGAAAAUACAGUGUGCACUGAACCCCUAAUUUCAGAGAACCCGUUUUGCAAUCAGCUGGUUCGAGAGGCAAAAAACUAUAAAACGGCUCAAACAAAAGCUGGUGAUUGGCAGUGCCAGUUUCAAUUCAGUUAUAAGCCCAGGUUAGGAAUGUGCAGCAAGAAGAUGUUGAUAUUUUCAGGAGGCGCCCAUAACGCAAAGGACAGAGCCUUCUGUUGUUUUGAUCCUGACACCAAACUUAAUUUUUACUCGAUAAAACAACAUCCGUCCUUUGAUUUCAAGUGCAAAAUAGACUUUUAUAAACUGAUAGUCACUGACAAUAGCGAAAUAUUCUUCCUUGGUGGGAUUUUCUAUGAUGAUUAUCACUUUGAGCCAACUGGUGCCGUGGCGAGGUCAACAGUUUUAGUCUAUAACCAAAAAGCCUCAGCGUGGCAGGAAUGUGCCUCAAUGAAAGCCCCAAAGUGUGCAUUUGGAGCAUGUUAUUAUUCUGGAAGAAUAUUUGUGUUCGGCGGUUACUCAAUGUACCCAGGCCACACACCAACUCAGGACGUGACAGGGUAUGACGUCAGCAGUGACGAGUGGAGUCAACGUGACGACAUGCCAGUGGAAAUGGCACAUCAAGCAACAACAGUUUUCAGAGAUAAGGCUUACAUUUUCGGUGGAGUGGAUGCAGAAAAUAUGUAUCUUAAUACAGUGUUACAGUACACGUUUAGCAACGACCAAUGGACAUUGGUCAAUGUUGAGAUGCCAAGGCCACAGGCUGAAGCUGUGGCAAUCACCCAUGACUCUAAGAUCUUUAUACUUGGAGGCUGCAACAGCGCUGGGAAUAUACUUUCUGUUUUGAUUUUUGAUCCAGAAACACGCAGAUGGGUACACGGGGAGGACUUUCCGGAUGAUCGAAAAUUUACGUCAGUAACGAAAGGAGAUAACUGUAUUUUUGUAUGCGGUGGGGUAAGGCAUUUCAUAUCUCGCACAGGAUCGUUUAGGCGAUCAAAGACUGUAGAGACCAAGGAUCUCUUUCGAUAUGACAUAUCACGAAACAAGUGGUCAAAAGAGACUCGGUUUGUUGAAUAUGGAAGCAAUGUUGCCUGUGCGUUUGCUAGUAUCAAUGUGAAACACUUAAAUGUGAGCAGUUACGUCGAAGACGAUAUAUAAUGUGUAGCUCAACAUAAAACAUUCUACAAUGGUUGAAGAAGAAAGAAAAUGAGAUUUCUUGGAUCUCAAAACGGGUUUUUAUGCCUUUGCAGUUAGAGGUGCACAAUUGCAUAUAAAGUUCAAAAGUAAUUAAAGUCUAUCCAUAUAUCCUUUGUUUCGGGGCAGGGGCGAAGGCUGACUUGUUUGACAGGGUAAUCAAAGUGAAACGGGACCAGAUAUGG